AUGAUUUCGUCCUCCUCUAAAGUUAAAAGUAGCGGGGUUGUUGACAUUGGUAUUAGCGAUCAUUCUAUGAUAUACUGUAUACUUAAACUUAGAGCUGAUAAGCCUCGACCUGAAUACAAGGAUGUGAGGAGUUUUAAGAACUACAACUCCCAGAGUUUCAAGGCAGAACUGUCUCAACUUCCGUUUCAUGAAACCUAUCGCAUUAGUGAUGUAAAUGCGAAAAUUGAUCAUUUCAAUCAAUUGUUCAUAAAUACUCUGAACAAACACGCGCCUAUCAAACACAUCAGAAUUAAAGGCAGACUUAAUCAGUUUAUUAAUAAAGAAUUAAAGUGCACGAUGAAACUGAGAGACAAAAAGCUGAGAAUUUUUCGCCUCUCACGUAACGCGGAAGAUUGGGACGUCUAUAGGCAACUUAGGAAUUCUAUAAAAACAUCUUUAAGAGCAGCAGAGUCCAACUUUGUCCGGAAUCAAAUUGAGGAAUAUAAAGGUAAUUCAAGAUCUAUGUGGAAAGUGAUUAGGGGGUGUCUGCCAAGCAAAGAUUCAGAAAAACCCGUUUACCAGAAAGACCACAAAAAAUUAGCCAAUGAAUUUAAUGAAUAUUUUGCUUCUGUGGGGAAGAUUGCAGCCGACAAGGUCAAGAGACUUGCGGAAGCUAACAACAUUCAGAUGACAACUGCUUUACCACCUGCAAGACACCGAUCUUCUCUUGAUCUGUUUGAAUUUAGAACAGUCACACCUGAUGAAGUUAGAACAAUUAUUUUAAAUAGUCCAUCAAACAAAGCUCCAGGUGCCGAUAAGAUAAAUAUUCAAUUCAUUAAAGAUUCACUUGAAGUGAUUUUAGAUCCUGUUACGGAUAUUAUCAACUGUUCCUUGAUGACGUCAACAUAUCCUUCAAUGUGGAAGAUAGCAGAAGUGGUACCGCUACACAAGGAAGGGGAUCCUGAAAUUGCUUCAAAUAAUCGACCGAUUUCACUGCUGUCAUGUUUGUCAAAAAUAUGCGACAAAGUCGCACUGAAUCAGUAUACAGAACAUCUAACAAACCACAGAUUAUAUUAA